AUGAACGAAGACACGCGCAACAUGAUCUUGCGCCUCCAAAGAGAAGAUCUGACAGUCCUGUCAAAGCUAUGGGAUGGCUCUACUGAGGAUUGCUCCGAGUACAAUACCACUGUGCGCGUUUAUCGUCGCCAACUAAGCUUGAUGGACCAUUACCUUUCGGAAACACGUCAGAUCGGGACAAUCGAAAACGCCGCCAAUGCCAACAAUGACUCGACAGUGGCAUCCUCUCGCCAGAUCACUCAUGGUAACCCACCUAUCCUGACCGAGUUUGGAGAUGUGCAUCAAGUUGGAGGCGUUUAUGCACAUUGUGAUGAGCCUUCUUCGUUCACAUCCACUACUUCACCUCCUCCGGCUGUCAAUGCAACAACCGCAUGCUCAUUCGUCGAAGAUCCAGAGCAUCUUGUCGUCCGUCUCCCUUCAUCUAUACCAAGUGUGCUAGUCACCGAUGUUCUUGAUGAACACUAUCAAGAAAAGAUGGAACAGUUGAUGGCUUUUGUGCCUGGUCGAGAUGUUAGCGUGCUUUACAAGGCUUUACAGAUCUGCCAUGGUAGGCUUGACGAUGCCCUUGACUACAUCUUCCGCCAGGAAGAGAACCAUACGGAUAUGGAGGUUCUCGAGCUCAGCAGUUCCACCGCAACAUCAGAGAUUGCAAUUUACGAUCCAGCUUUGCAAUCCACUGAACGUCCCACAACUACUGCAACAGUUCUUGAACGCUCUGUGGACCACCCCACAACUUUCGGCGACAGUCCCCUCAAGAUACAAACCAGCUUCGUCAACAAGAAGGAAUCUAGAUCCGAGUCUACACCGUCUAUUCAAGGAACCACGAUAGAGGACACGCCAGAGAAUUUUCUCCAAUCAUCUGAACCACAAUCAAGCCCGACUCUUGGUGCCAGAAAUGCUGAACCUUCCAAUGCUUGCCGUGGUAUCCCACCCAAAUAUGAAAUGCCCGAACCUACACCAAAAUGCGAUAAUACAGAUCAAGGAUUCACGGAAACGAUGUCCAUGACGCCUGACACGAACCUUGAUACGAUGGAACCCAGUAUCGGCCAUCAAAAUCAGCAACUCAAUGAUCGUGAUGAUCUUCAUCAGCUAGGUGGCCGCUCUCAACAGCUUCAACAAGCUCUUUCUACAUCUUCCGCUCUCGACAUGCACGCUUUGAAUCUUAUGAGUCCUGCUUUAGAGAAGCAGAGGCUUGGUGAGGCUCUCUACCCCAAGGUUCGCGAGCAGCUACUCAAAAUUGCCGGACUCUAUCCCAAGGUUCGCGCACAAUACCCCGAACUCGCCGCAAAGCUCACUGGUAUGCUCCUUGAACUGAACAACAAUAGGCUCCUUCGCUUGAUCGCCGAUGACUCUGCACUUCUCAGCAAUAUUGAUGACGCUCUACGUGUUCUUGAGGAUUUUGUUGCCGAAAGUAGGAGAGUGUUUGUUUGA